CUCCCACUAAAUUAUACGCCCUCUGUUUGAAUUUUUUAAUUAGUCAGUGUUUAAGGUUUUUACACAACUAUUAAGAAAUUGUUAACUUUUAUUCAUUUUGCAUUAGUUAAGCUUAAUCCAACUAAAAAUUAUUCAAUAAAAAGUUAGUCAAAAACACCAAAUAACAUUAAAAUUUUGCAUAGAAAUUUGAAAAUAUUAUUUAAAUUGAAACAAAAAUAAAUAUUAAAACGCCAACUAAAAAGAAAAGAGGGAGUAUAUAUUAGUGGAUUCAGAUAUCCGUGACUAAAUUUAUUGAUUCUUUUAAAAUGAUAAUCCCACACGUUACUCAUUGUAAUGAAGCCAAUUAGCAUAAUGAAAUAUAAGAAAAUCCUUUGAAAAUAAAAUAAAAAUAUGUAAUAUUAUUUAGAUUAUAUGUUAUAUAUAUGAUAUAUUACAAGUAGCAACAAGAGAUGAAUAGUUUCGUGAAUAUUCAGGUUGAUACAGAAUUUUCUUAGAUGUGUGAUGAGUGGACAAAAAUGAAUGAUGUUUGCAAGUUGAUUAUAUAUUAUAUAAUGUAAGUGCAUGCUUUUGAUUCUCGAAACUAUUUGCUUAUAACUUACGGAUAUAUAAGUUAUAUAUAAGUUCGGCUUGGACGUAAAAGUCUAAAUAUAAUUUGUUAUACAUUGCUUGCUACACUACAUUCUUUUUAUUGGUACGAUACUUUAUGAUUCGUUAUCACUAUAUUAUUACUACCUUGACAAAAACAUUAUUAAUUAGUGAUCUUAGAUGCUAAUAAACCAGCCAUCUUGAUUAUGCAAAUAUGUAUUCCAAAAAAGAAGCAACAUUGCUCUUCAUACGCAAGUCUUUAUAACCAAUAGUCCAAAUAAUUAAUAAAUUAUAAUAGGUGUGUAACCAAAGAAACUUACGAGAUACGACCUAACCGGUUUGGAUCAUAUAUAUAGAACAAUACUAUAGUUAGCCACACAUAAUGGAUAAUUAUUUGAUAAAAUUAAAAAAAAUGUAUAACUAAAGUGAUGCAUAGAUAACCAAUGGCUGUAAAAAUGCACUCGUAUAUUGCCUUUUGUGUCAGCCCAAUUUGGCUAUAUAAGCAAGUACGCUCUUGUCUGGUGUAAUCAUUCACAGUUAUAAGGCUCAUAGUCAAGUACAAUAUUGAUACAUCAAUACAAUCAAGAAAGAGAAACCUAUAGAAAAAGAAACAUAGAUCAAAUGGAGAGUGAGAAAAUGUGGGGAGGCUUAAUGAAUAGAGUGAAACCAUACUUAGCAAUGAUAUCUAUGCAAUUUGGUUAUGCCGGUAUGUACAUAAUCACCAUGGUCUCUCUUAAGCAUGGCAUGAACCAUUACAUCCUGGCCGUUUACCGCCACGCAAUCGCCACGGUCGUCAUCGCGCCGUUUGCUCUAUUUCAUGAGAGGAAAACAAGGCCGAAGAUGACGUUCCGGAUAUUCCUUCAAAUUGCGCUGCUCGGAUUUAUUGAGCCGGUGCUGGAUCAGAAUCUCUACUACGUCGGGAUGACUUACACCUCAGCGACUUUCGCUUCUGCUACGGCUAAUGUUCUUCCUGCCAUCACCUUCGUAUUGGCAAUCAUUUUCAGAUUAGAGAGCGUGAAUUUUAAGAAGGUACGAAGCAUAGCCAAAGUUAUCGGAACAGUUAUUACAGUCUCCGGAGCACUUCUCAUGACUCUCUACAAAGGUCCAAUCAUUGACUUUAUAAAAUUCGGUGGUGGUGGAGGAGGAGGCGGUGACGGUGCAGGAGGACCUCACGGCGGUGCAGCAUCAGCGGCUUUGGACAAACACUGGGUUCCGGGAACUCUAAUGUUGUUGGGGAGAACUUUUGGUUGGGCCGGUUUCUUCAUUCUACAAUCAUUUACACUGAAGGAGUACCCAGCUGAGCUAUCAUUAACGGCGUUAAUAUGUUUGAUGGGAACGUUAGAAGGAACUGCCGUCUCAUUGGUAACGGUACGUGACCUGAGCGCUUGGAAAAUCGGCUUCGACUCUAAUCUCUUCGCAGCCGCGUACUCCGGGGUGAUAUGUUCGGGAGUGGCGUAUUACGUGCAAGGAGUAGUGAUGAGAGAAAGAGGACCUGUUUUCGUUGCGACAUUUAAUCCUCUAUGUGUCGUUAUAACUGCAGCUCUUGGUGUUGUUGUAUUGUCUGAAAGUAUUCAUCUUGGAAGUGUGAUUGGAACGAUAUUUAUAAUUGUGGGCCUAUACACUGUUGUAUGGGGUAAAGGCAAAGAUAAGAGAAUGACGGAUGAUGAUAGCAAAGAACUUCCGGUUAAGAUUUCGGUUAAAGAGGUAGACGCCAAUAGAGUCUUAGCCGGAAAAUUGGAGAUGAAAACAAAGGAAGGCCAGGAGACUAAUAAGGCUAAUCAAGCUGGGAUUUGAGGAUACUUGAGUGAUAAAAGGCCUUUCUAUGUAUAUUGUUUAUGCUUUCUUUUCUUGCUUUCUACGGUUUGGCAGAUCAUAUGUAACUGAUGAGAUUAAUCAAAUCAUCUUAUAGUUAACAAAAAGGUUUUGCUCGUUA